UUAACAUAGCUGUUAGAAUUUAAUCUUACAAUUUGAGUUGUUUUCUUUACAUAAAGAAAAAUGUAAUCUUGACUCCGGAAAGUCAGCUUUUUUUGUUCUAAAAUAAUUUGAUGUCUAUUGUUUAUCAUUGUAUAUUAGAAUGAACCUAUACAACAAAUUUGUUUUAAUUAUUAAAUUACUAGCGUUUUCAAAAUGUGAUUUGAUAAGGUUUUUUAAUGCUACACCUACACAUUAAAAUAUGUGAUCCCAUAUAGAUCUUACAAUUCAACCAACUGUUAUGAAUAAUGAUUCCGGUAUAAUUAGCUUUCAACAUUGUAACCAUAAGAACAUAUACUGUAUAAACAUUCCAACUAAUUGUCCUAUUUGCAAAAUAUGUUUAAACAAUUUGCAGAGCAUUCCAAUCAGAGUCCCUCAUCCUUUUGUAAGAGCAUCUCAGCAAUCAUGCUCUGUUAUUGUGAGACCAACUCAAGGGGAUUUUUUGAAUAAUUACCAACUAAUGGAUGAUUUACAUAUUGGAGUGACAACAUCAAGAGGUACUGUUAUAUCAUAUGAUUGGAAUGGAGUCAGUGAGGAUACAGACAAUUGGCAAGAAUGUUUAGUUGUGUUUCAACUAAAUGACCAUUGUAUGGAAACACAUUGGGAUACUAUAUUAACAAAUAUAGUAAAAAAUGAGUUUUGGGACAGUGCUAGAUACAAUGAAGAGGAUCACAAUUGUUUUUCGUUCAUAAUGGCGUUCAUAAAACAGUUCAACGUCUUCAAAUCACCAGUACAACAUGUUGAAACGAGAGAAGACUUUGCUGAAUUGUACGUAGCUCCAGCCACGUUAAAAGCUUAUAAAUACAUUUAUCUAUACAGAAAAAUAACUGAAACUGGUUUCUAUAUUUACAGCCAACCGUCGAAUGAAAUAUUAUGUACAUAAUACAAUUAUUAAGUAAUAUAAUUAUAAUAUAAUAUAAUAUAACCUACUAUACAUAUUAGAUCAAGUUUUUCUAUUUAAUGCAUCAUAUUCAUAUAUUAUUUAUCACAUUGGCUAAAAAUAAUCGGAUAACGGAUAUAUUUUAUUAAAAUAUCACUCAACACCCGACGGUAUAAGUUAUAAAAAUCUUGAGUGCAAAUCAUUAACGAUGUUUAAGGAGCUCAAUAUAGGCAAUUUUGUUCAAAUUUAAGAGAUUAUGCGGUAUAGUCAUAGCAGAUACUGUUGACAACGGUUGCGUUAUCACAAUAUUUGUUAAAAACGAGUAAAUUUUUUUAUAAAUUUUUAUUUUAUAUUCUGAGCGUAGCGAAAAAUGUAUUGUCAGUGUCAGCGUGACGCUGAUAUUUUAACGCGUUUACUCAUAUGAUUCAGGCGGAGAGCAGAGCCAUCCAAGAGAAGUUUUCACUUCAAAACUAAUAAAUAUAUAAAUUAGAAAAUAAUAUAAUAAUAUAUAAAAUUUAUUGUGCCUAUAAAUAGCUCAAAAAAGUCUCAAUAUUUUGAAAAUGCAAUGCACAGAAAUCCCUAAUAUAAAUAUUCAGUGAAAAAUUCAUCUAUAUUCUGUAAAAAUCUCAGUUUUUCCUUAAUUUUUGUUUGUUUUUCCUGACGCUUGUCAUUUUUCUAUUGAGAAUUUACCAUUACUUUUGAAAUAGUUUUUAUUUUUUUUGGUGAAACUUGAAACUUAUAAACUAAUAACCGUAGACACUUGCAAUGUUCACCAAAUAUUAUUUUAUGUUAGCAUUUUUCAUACAUCGUAACAUUUUCGAAAUAUUAUGACUCCAAAACUUUCACCAAAACAGUAAAGAAUUAUUUCUUGUAGACAAUAUAAAAAUAUAAAUUCAACGUUAUUGUAAAUUAUUAACACUUAUCAUCAUUAAUUGUAUUAUUAUUAGCUAUUAUUAUUAUUAUUAUUAUUUAGUCCAAGGCUUAAGAUAUACUUUACGUAUAUACUUCAAAAAUUAUACGUACUAGGUAUAUUUCUUAAAUCGAUAUUGUCAAUAAUUAGCACGCAAAUAUUUACCGAGCAACCAGUGUUUCUUUAUUUUAACCUUUUUACAGCCUCUCCCUCCAAUAUUAAAAAAUAUUCCCGUUUUUUUAGCUAUUAAUUAGCACGAAUUGUACUUAAAAAUUCUGAUAAUGUAUAGGUACCAUCAUCGAAUAUUCUGAAUCGAAACGCAAGAUUUAUGUAAGACUAAAUAGUAUAUCUCAACCACAUAAAAAAAAAAAAAAAAUGACAGUAUUAUAGAGAACGUUAUAAAUAGUUGUAAUAAUGAAUUAAUAUCAGACUUGAAUAAAUUGUAUCGCAUCGUUUUAGUUCACAGUUAAUGUAGUAAUUUUGUAAUUUUAUAUUUUUAACUUACUUUUUAUUUUUAAGUUUUAUAUUUUUUUUAACGUUGAAAUUAUUUAUUAUUAUUAUAUAAACUAUGAUUUUUUUAUCAUGUAGUACAUA